AUGUCGAAACCAUCCGAGAAGCCGCAACCGCAGGCGCCCGCAAUCAUGAGCGAUGAACCGGGCACGGGUAUAAAACCCCUCGGCACGCCCGACAUCACCAGCCUACAGCGCAUUCGCCAGGUCUUCGCACAACCAGUUCUGGCUUCUUUCGUUGCCGGCGGCGUGGCCGGCGCUGUCUCACGAACCGUCGUAUCGCCGCUUGAACGCCUUAAGAUCUUGUUCCAGAUUCAGAGUGUUGGCCGCGAGGAGUAUAAAAUGUCGGUCCCCAAGGCCCUGGCUAAGAUGUGGAGAGAAGAGGGCUGGAGAGGUUUCAUGGCAGGCAACGGCACCAAUUGCAUACGCAUUGUGCCAUACUCCGCCGUGCAGUUCAGCGCAUACAACGUCUACAAGCGGUUCUUCGAGAGCGAACCAGGUGGCCCCCUCGAUGCUUACCAGCGACUACUCUGUGGUGGGCUUGCUGGUAUCACUUCCGUAACGUUCACCUACCCCCUCGAUAUCGUUCGCACACGUCUAUCUAUCCAGUCCGCGUCCUUCUCCGAUCUCAAGAAGGAAGCUGGCCAGAAGUUACCGGGCAUGUGGGCACUGCUUAUGAACAUGUACAGGACUGAGGGCGGUGUUCCGGCGCUGUAUCGAGGCAUCCUUCCCACCGUGGCAGGUGUCGCGCCAUACGUCGGCCUUAACUUCAUGGUCUAUGAGAUUGCCCGUACAAAGUUCACACGCGACGGCCAGAAGGACCCCGGCGCCAUUGGCAAGCUAGGAGCGGGUGCCGUCUCCGGUGCUGUCGCGCAAACCAUCACAUACCCAUUCGAUGUUCUGCGGCGGAGAUUCCAGAUCAACACCAUGAGCGGCAUGGGAUACCAGUACGCGGGAAUUGGUGACGCUAUCAAGCAAAUCAUCAAGACGGAAGGCUUUAGGGGUCUCUACAAGGGUAUUGCACCCAACCUUCUCAAGGUCGCACCCAGCAUGGCUAGCAGUUGGCUCAGCUUCGAGAUGACACGCGAUAUGCUCAUGGGCAAGUGGAACUCGGGCUUCUUGUAG